AUGGCUCCUUUCAUUUUAGCUAUCAUAGCUAUCCUGCAUAGAACUGCCGCGCUUGCAAACCCUUCUACAGCAAAGGGCUUCACCUUAGAACUCAUCCACAGAGACUCCAUCCACUCUCCGCUCUACCCCGGAAACCUCACCGCCGUCGAGAGAGUCCGGCGGUUUGUGGAUCUUUCCGAGUCCCGCCUCCGCCGACUCAAACUAUCGGUCUCUGCCGGCAAAUACAACGGCACCGCCUUACGACCGGAGCUUGAUCACGUCAACAGCAUGUACCUCGUCAAGGUCGGCAUCGGCACCCCCCCGACGACGCAGCAUCUGGUAGUCGACACCGCGACAGAUCUCACGUGGGUGCAAUGCCAUCCGUGCCGUUCUUGCUUCGAGCAAAACCCGCCCUUCUACAAGCCGGCCGCAUCGACUUCGCAUCGGACUACGCCCUGCAGCCACCCGCUUUGCAAGCCGUUCAAAUGCACCAGAGGCAAAUGCCGUUACGAAGACAGGUACAUUGAUAAAACCUUUACGAAAGGAACCUUAUCAAUGGAGGUAUUCACCUUCGCCUCAUCGAACGGCGGCAGUGCAACCGAGUCGAUCCCGGGAUUAGUUUUCGGGUGCUCGACGGCGUCGAGCAAGCGUAUGUUCAAAGGCAGAAGCAAAGUGCCCGCCGGUCUGCUAGGCAUGAACAUGGAGAGCACAUCCUUCGCCACACAAAUCGCCGGCCAAACCGGGGACGGCCGCUUCUCGUACUGCCUCCCCCAGAUCGAUCCCCGCGAGCACCAGACCAGCUUCCUGCAGUUCGGGGGCGACAUCCCGGAGGGCCCGCAUUUCGCCGCAACACCGAUCGUAAGAAACGCGGAGGGAGCAAAAGACUACUACUUGAAGCUGCACGACAUAAGCGUCGACGGCAAAAGGCUGAAACUCCCGCGGAACACCUUCAAGCAGAAACCCGACGGGAGUGGCGGCUGCAUCAUCGACUCCGGCUCGGGGCUAACUUAUCUAGAAGAGAGGGCGUUCAACAGGGUGGAGGCGGCAAUGAUAGCAUAUUUUAAGAGAUUUGAGAACGUAAAGCGUGUUUUUGCGAAGAAGUAUAAGCUGAAGCUGUGCUACCGCGUGCCGGAGAGCUUCAGAGAAUGGCCUUCAAUGGCUCUUCAUUUCGAAGGCGCCGAUCUUCUUCUGCAACCGGUGAAUAUAUUCAUGACAGUAAAAGAUUGGAAGCGCGUAUUUUGCUUUACUAUGAUGCCGGAGAUCAGUGGCAUGACGAUCCUUGGAUCCUCACUGCAGCAGAAAUUUAGAUUCGUGUUCGAUGUUGCGAAGCAACAACUAAGAUUUGCACCGGAGAAUUGUGGUAGAACUUAG